ACCUCUUUGCUUAACUCAAAUUUAUUAAUUAAAAAAUAUUUUCAGGCCAUCCAUUUACCUCAAUUAUUCUAUUUUGUUGGGUUUACUGCAGCAUCUUCCAUGCCUUUAUUUAUUAGCUAUUUUUUUCAAAAUUAUAAGAAAAUAUUUAAUCGUUUUUCUUUAAUUUCAAUGUUAUUUAUUUCAUUAUUUGCCUUUUUAUCAGUCAAUUGUUGUACUUUAGCUCAUCCUUAUUUGUUGGCGGAUAAUAGACAUUUUACCUUUUAUUUAUGGCAACGAUUCUUUCAGAGACACUGGAUUGCAAAAUAUUUGGCAAUACCCUUCUAUACCUUCAGUGCAAUUUUUAUGUUUAAAAUGACCUCAGAAAUUCCAAACAAAUUAAAGGCCUUUUAUCUUGUCUUUACCUCACUUUGCCUCAUUCCAGCCUUUUUAUUAGAAUUUCGUUAUUUUAUUAUACCGUUUGCUUUAUGGCGCCUUUCAUUAGAUUAUCAAUCAAGAAAAGCACAAUUUUUCGAAAUUUUGAUUAAUUUAAUGGCCUCUUCUUUUGUUCUUUAUUUAUUUUUAAAUAAGCCUUUUAAAUGGUCUAAUGAUCCAGAAAAGUGGCAGCGGUUUAUGUGGUGAAACAAUAAUAAAAGAAGAAGAUUUUUAAAAAUAUAAAAAUUAAAAUUUACAUGGAUAUAUGUAUAUUGAAAUAAAAAAAAAUUAUAUUUUUGAAAUUAUAUUUUGAAAUAAAAAGUCAACAUUAAUUAAGUUAGAAUAAAAAAUGAAAAAAAAACGAAAAACAAUAUUGAAGGGUCGCACGAGGAUGAUAUGUAUCUUGAAAAAUCUCGAUUCUCGAUGACGGAUAUUUGUGUAGAAUCU